AUGGCCAGGAUAUCGCUGCUCGGCUGGCUGGCCUGGUCCCUGCCUGCGCAGCUGGCAGGCACAUGCCUCCGUUGCUGGCCAGAUGCCGUGGUCUACUUUGGCUACGACUCCUAUUUGCUGCUUGGCCAGGACUCAGAGGCCACCAAAAACUUGGGGAAGCUUUUCAUAGGCAGUGCUGAAGACCAUGGCAGACACUAUUUGGAACGGGAAGAUAUGGAGCGUGAGGCUGGGACUCUCUUUCUCCACCUUGAAGAGAUUAUCAAGAGGAGUGGGAAAGAUCAUGGCAGCCUUAUGAGGGAGGCAGAGGAGGAAAAGAAGAAUUUUGUCAAGCGAAUGGAAGAGGCAUCUAAGGCCUUUGUGAAGGAAGUCUGCAGCCUUUCCUGUGCUAAGUCCCGGUACCGACCCUACGAAGUGGCACAGUGUUCAAACUGCCAGCUUAUCAAAGUUUCCUGCCUCGACCCCUUUGUAUGUGCAGGGCCCAAUGUCAUUGCAGCAGUGCUGGUGACCCUGCUGCUCUUGCUUGGUAUAGGAGCAGCAUGGUGGUAUCGCCGUCGCAAACAGAAGGAGCAAGAAAAAGACAAAUCUUCAGAUGAGGACAGCUCAAGGAGUUCUGAGUGGAGCUCUGAUAGUUCAGAGAAGGCGGAUGCCAGUCCAAUAUAUGCGGAAGUUCCAAACAGCCCCAUAUAUGAUACUGUCCCAACAUAUGCUAACGUCCCAGUAUAUGCUAAUGUUCCAAACCCUCCAGAAUUCACCAUCCCAAGCCCUCCACCCUUUGAUUAA